AUGAACUUUUUUGAUUAGAUUAGUUUAGAAAAAUUAAAUUUUCCAGACUUAUCAGCAUUUUUAUCUAAACAUAUCAACAAAAAUAGAAUUGUUAAUGAAGGAAAAACUUGGGUUGCCAUAAAUGAAAUUAAAACUAUAUUAAACAAUAAAACAGUUAUAUUGAUUAGGAACUUUAAUCCAGAAACUGAUGCAGCCAUCUAAUUAAAUUAUUUACUCAAAUAAUUAAUAGAAGUUUCAAUGGGUGUUUAAGAAUUAUAAACUAGUUUUAAUGAAAAUGCUGUUGAACUUUUUCAUUAUUACUAAGUUUAAUUAGUACAAGUAAUAUUAUAAGAAAUAUUUUAGAUAUCAAUUGAAGUUUUACUAGCUAUUAAUACAUUUAUAAGAAAAUAGGAACAAUGGUGGAAAGAUGAUUAUUUCAAUUGGAGAAGCAUUUAUAUUUAAUCAAUGUUUAAAAUAUAAUAACCUAUUGUAGAAAAAAUUGAUCUCAUAUAACCAUUUUAUGAAUUUAUUGCUUUGUUAAAAUAAUGUGCUAAACAAAUUUGUAACUAAUAAAAAUCUUCAGAUCUAAUUGAAAUAGAUAUUAAAGCUCAAUAAGAGGUCUUAGAAUAAUUCUACAGUUAAAUAAGAACAGGUUUUUUAUAAAAUUAAUCAAGUCAACUUGAAAGUAUUAAUUUUGAACGGUAAAUUGCUUCAAAAUCAUUAGGAUAAAAACUAUAAUUAUAUAAUCUCCAUAUUAAUAAGAAAACUUAUACUUCUUGA